AUGAACUUCUGUUGCGAUGUUAUACAGAAUCUGACAAUUACCAACUACCUACAGUGUAGUAAUAGUAACAGAUUUGGAGAAGAGGGGAAAAGGGAUGUGGCAAAAUUCAAGAUAUUACAUUUGGAGGAGAUACCAGUGCAAAUAACCAAGAGCAGGCCGAGUAGUAAUUUCAUUUUGUACUUUGAAGCUCAAUUCAUUAUGGAUGACUAG